UGGUCAUGUGAGUUAAUUGAUUUUCUUGUUGUUGUUUUGAUUUUUGAACAUUUGAACGUUGAUUGGAUUUACUUUGAUCGGCCGAAUGUAAUUACAAUUAAUGGAUCAAGCUUCGAAUUUGGUAAAGGAAGUGGCAGAUGAAUAUUCUAAUUACUUUAAGGUUGACACUAGUGAAGUGGUUAAACAAUUUGAUAAUUCGAUUGAAGAGAAUUUAAUUAUUUUGGAAGAUUUUUGUGCCCUUUUAGAUGUGAUACGAAAUGAGAACACUUCUCGUUUGGAACACUUGUUACCAGAAAUAGCGGAGAAAAGUAAACAAAUGGAAACGUUAUUUUCUAAAAUUGAUAAAUUAGAAUUAUUUGUUAAAAUGGUUAAGGAUCAAGUAAAUCAAAUGGAAGAGGAACUGAUUAAAGCGGAAGAAAUAUUCGCAUCUAAAAGUAAAGUGAAACAAUUUAUCAGCUCUCUGUUGAAUAAUAGUAAACCAAAAUCUCCAACUACACCUCCAAACAAGAGACCAACAUUUGGCUUUAAUGACAUUUUCAAAACUCAAGAUUAUAUUGAUAAUAGAAGUGGACAAAGUGAUUCCAGUGAAUUUCAACAAGGAGAAUCAUCAAAUUCAUCAGAAAUCAAGACAAACGAAACAAGUGAAAUGACCAACUAACAACAGCAUCAAGAUGACCAAUCAAUUUUUUUUUAUUUUUCUGUUAAAAUUGUAAACAAUUUAUUUUUCAUUUUUCAUAUAUUAUUACAACUAUCAAAAUCUCUCUGGGCAAUCAAAAAUCACAGACAAUCAAAUCCAAUCUCAAACUUGGUCUACUAAUUGUAAAAACUAUUAUUAUUAUUAUUAUUAUUACCGUUGACAUCUUAUUGAUAGUCAACCAAAUUUGUAAUACUCAAUAUUGUAAAUUGAUUGAGAUUCAAGCAUCAAUUCCUUAUGAAAUGAAUCAACUAAUCAACUGACAAUAAUUUACAUUCCUGAAGAAACACAAAUAGUAAAUAAAUCACAAGGAACAAUUAAAUAAAUUUUAA